AUGUAUGCGUUGCUGCACGUCUUGGUAGCAGCCUUCGCCUUCUGCAUCGUGGGCGACGCUGCUCCAGCAAGUGUAGCAAGUGUGGCAAGUGUAGCAAGCUCGACCGCUCCAACUGUCACGAUCGAUUCGGGAGCGGUGGUUGGUACGACGACCCUGCUUGCUGGCGCCACAGUCACGGUCGACAAGUACCUAGGAAUUCCGUUUGCAGCAUCUCCGACACGAUUUGCACCAGCGGUCAAGCCAACACCAUGGAAGUCGCCUUACCGCGCAACGAAGUAUGGUCCAGCAUGCAUACAACAGUUCAAUUACCCCGAAGCGUCGCGCAAUCUGACAAUGUCAUGGUUCAACACCCCGCCUCCGCCGGCGGGUGAAAGCGAGGAUUGCCUAAACUUGAAUGUCUAUGUUCCUGCAACUCCUGGGAAAAACAAAACAGUCAUGGCAUGGAUCUAUGGAGGUAGUCUACAAUUCGGGUCCAACUCAGCUUUGUACUACGACGGGACAUCAUUCGCAGCGAACCAGGAUGUCAUUAUUGUGACACUGAAUUAUCGGACAAAUGUGUUUGGCUUUCCCAACUCUCCCGAGCUGCCCUUGGCCAGGCGCAAUCUGGGAUUCUGGGACCAACGUCUUGCUCUUGACUGGAUCCAAAGAAACAUUGCGGCUUUUGGUGGCAACCCUAAGAAGGUGACGAUUUUCGGAGAGAGUGCCGGUGCAGCGAGUGUGGACGCCCUUGUAACGAGCCUGCCAAAGAAUCCUCCUUUUCGAGCAGCGAUCAUGGAAUCUGGGCAGACAUCAUUCUACAUCAACCCGACCAAUGCGCCGACCUCGUGGCUCGCACUGGCUGCUGCCUUGAACUGCACCCAGACUCAUCCCCACUCGAACCUGACUUGUCUCCGAGACGCAAACGCGACCGUAAUCAAGUCCACGAUCGAGCACAUGGCUUUACCGUUUCGCCCUGUAUCGGACAAUGUCACUCUGCUCCGCUACCCGGAAGAAGCAAGGGUGAACAGGAGCAUCGCGCCGGUUCCGAUCCUGACGGGCACCAAUGGCAACGAAGGCACAAUCUUCACCAUCGGCCAAAGCGACUCUGCUGCAUAUCUCGCCUCCGUGCUGGGCAACCAGACCUCACUGAUCCAGAACAUCCUCGCGGCGUACCCUCUCCCACCUGCAGAGCAACUCGCGGCGAUCGCGACCGACUUCAUCUUCACCUGCCCGGCUGGCAACUUGGCCAACGACUCUCGCGCCGCCGGCUUCCCGACGUGGCGCUACUACUUCAACACCACGUUCCCCAACACCCAAUUCUUCCCGGGGUCCGGGGCCUAUCAUUCCUCGGAGAUUUCGCUCGUCUGGGGAACGUACCCGCGGGCCAACGCGACCGACGACGAGAAGGCACUCAGCCAGUACACGCAGAGUGCAUGGGCGACCUUCGCGCGCAACCCUCCCGCCGGCCCUGGCUGGGAGGGAGUACCCAGGGUGGCCGAUUUAGGAGUCGGGGGAAUUUUGAACAAACCCAUCAAUGCGGGUGUGAUUGACAAGAACUGCCACUUCUACCGACAAUACUAUAAUACACUUGGAAGUGCAGUGGCAGGAGUUGGAGGUGGUUGACGGCCGUCAGUGUCGGGGGCUGAGAGAAAGGUGCGAAUGGAUGUGGAUGUAUGUGUGUGGAAAUGGUAAUCAAUGACGAGCAUGAACCCGAGAAAGAGAGAGAGAGAGAGAGAUGGAUACAUAUAGACCGGGACACAGUAGGUAAUAGUGCCCCUGACUUUGACUUACAGAUUUACACAAAGUAACGUAAUGUAUUGACGACAAGUCCUGUCUGGACAAUAUCAG